AAUGCAUCAGGAAGCUAAAGCAGGAACUAAAUUUGAACGAUGGGCUCCUUCAUAAACCCCUCUGAAGGACCUGGACCCCUAAAAGCAAUAUUUCUCAGUGAAUUCCAUGACGUACAUGGAAGUAAAAUCUCGUGCCAGGCGCCCAUAAAUUACAUUUCCAAGGAACACUUUCACGCAAUCAACGUUUAUAUUAUUCCAAAGCCCCAGUUGCAACGAUGUAUUUUGACAGUUAACGUUUUGGACCACAAAAUUGUCGGAUUUCCCGUGAAGCUCGAAAGUGACAAAUACGUGCGAAAUGCCUUUUACUUCAAUUUGUGCUUCGUCUGCGAGGCAAAUCGACGAACCGUUCAGUACGAAGCUCUCGUACAAAAAUUAACGGAAUAUCUCAUCCAGAUGGAGCACGAAAGUAAUUUUUUGUCCGACGAUCGGCACAAGGAUCAACUUCAAGCGUUUCUGGAACGUGUUUUGCGUGACUUGAAUGAAACCGGGAUGACACUUUUCACGGAAAAUAAAACAACAAUUUUCCUUAAAAUUAUCAACGUUCCCGCAGAUCCGCCUGCCGUCUUCGAUCAUCUUGUGCCGCACAUCACGUCGCCCGUUUUUCUCGAAGUCCCCAAGGAAAAUUGGGAUUUAACGACGCAACAAAUCCUGCCCUUCAUCAAUGGACAAUCUCACGUCGCUCAUAUCGCGGAACAAGCGGAUGUCAAUGGAACCUUAACGCGUUCCUGCAUCCAAAAUUUAGUUUAUUACGGCGUGCUGGGGUUACUUCCGCUACUGAAGUACAGCAACAUUUACAUGUGCACACGAGAUUUGCAAAAAUUGACAAAAAAUCCGCAAUUGGCGAGGGAUUGUCGACAAUACGUUGUUUGUACGCGCGAGAAAAAACCUCCGUCGUUGCUUCAGUGUCUCCAAAUUUAUGCGGCAAUGACGCACGGAGUCACUUUGAAGGCAUUGUGCUUGAGAUUCAAUCCACGCGAACACAAUAUCGACGAAAGACGCCUCGUGACAUUCGGUUUGCAACACAAACUCAUACGAAUUAUCAAUAAAUAUCCCGUUUUCACGGGAAAAGUCCCCGUGGGGAGACAAACUUUGUAUACGGGACUCCUCAGUAUUGACGAAAUUUGUUGCCUGACAAAGAUUAGUCCCGCUGCUGUGGAAGAAGAUAUCGAAACGGAUUCCAAUAUUACGGUGAUUUGGAAGUAAAUUAAUUUUUUUCGGAUGAAUUUCGGGCAAAAUUUGACAAAACUCGAGUUGAACUCUAUAUAAGGCCACUCCAAAUGAAAAUUAAAAAUAAAAUUUAGUAUUUAAUUAAUAUUUAUUAUUUAAAAAAACUUAAAAAAUAACGUAAAAACGCUUAAAUGGAACGCAAAGUGAGCUGGAUCUGAAACCCAAAGCACUUAACCAAGUGCUUGAUAUAAUUUUUCC